UCUAAACGCCACAAGACAUUGUCAAUGUCAUUUGUGAUUUGUAAAUAAAAUGCUUUAAAAUGUUGCAAAGGAGAAUAAAUGGUACAAAUAUAGAAUUAGAUUUCUAAGGGAAAAUGGGGAAUUUGCCAACCAGGCCCUAUAACCAACAGGGGCCCUUUGGACCACCGCUGGGGCAGUAUCAGAACCCCUAUGGUCCACCCAACCCAUACCCACAGGGCGGGUACCCUCCUGGUCAGCCCCCUGGCCAAGAUGUGACUCCUCCAGCGCAGUACGGGCCACAACAAGGGUAUCCUCAGCAACAAGGGUUCCCUGUCCAGGAGUACCAACAGCAGGGUUACCCACAGCAGGGGUAUCCUCAACAAGGGUACACACAGCAAGGUUAUCCCCAGCAAGGAUAUCCUCAGCAAGGUUAUCCCCAGCAAGGGUAUCCUCAGCAGGGAUAUCCACAGCAAGGUUUCCCACAACAGGCAUUUCAGUCAAGCCAAGGAUAUCCUGGACAGUAUCAACAGCAGCCCAGUAUGGGCUCACAGGCCGGCUGCGCGGCGUGCGUGGCCUGUCUGAUGAGUCUGUUGUGCUCCUGCUGCCCUAUGCUAAUGGGCUCCGGCAUGCAAGGCAUGAAUGACAUGUCCGGCAUGCAGAACGACAGCGGGAACACGGCCCAUGUCAAUCCACCGCAAACCGAUGCUAUGGAUGCUGAUGAUAACUGAGGUGUCUUCGUGGAUGCUAUUUGAAUUCAUCAGGGCUGGCCUCUUGGGAUUAGUGCUAUAAGACAAGGUUUUAGGUUGAUGAACGACAGAAUUUCCUGAUGGUAAGUACCUAAGAUAUCUAUGGCCAUCUAUCAUGCGAGAAUUAGGGUGGAGUCAACUUUUAAAGAAUGAGGAAUGGGACAUUAUGUUAUAUACAGUUGGGAUUUACUUGCUUCGGGCAUUUAUUGGGAAGGAAUGCAGCGGAGGUCAUCGGAUGCAACUGUCGCUUAGAAAAGAAUUUCCUUUAGAAGGUAGAAAUAGUAAACAUAAGUAUUUUUUUCCAAAAUCCUAGAUGCACGCACUGUUAUGGCCAUCACUUCUGAAAUGAUAUUUGACGCUGACAGCAUAUUGCAUGUAAUAAGUCUAGAAUAUUCAAAUAUAACUGGGUCUUUUGCUGACGUGCACGC